AUGCAUGAAACGUCAGGGGAUUCAGAUGGUUCUGGGUUGAAGAAGGCGGCAGAGGGGCUCUGGGAUUGUAUACUCAAAGUGCCUGGAAAUGGUCAAUUCGUGAAGGUAUUUUUCCGCCCUCAGGAGUUGUUGCGGCGCCCAUCUCGGAUGAAUUGGUGUGGAACAAUUUUGGAUUUCUACAGGGAACAUUGGCACGAACUGGACAUUGAAAUCCAAAUAUGGCUGGCAGAGAGGCUCUCUUGCUCUAUCCUCCGAUUUCUCGGGUCCGAAUCAGAGUUCGACGUUAGGUCCACUCAUCUGGCAUCCAGCUAUGGUCUCAACUUCUUCACCUCGGUAAACGACGAACUAUGUAAAACAGAGUUCCUCGAAACGACUUCUGCCUACCUGGAAAGCUGGAUAGACGUAUUGACCCACGUGCGUCACCUUCACCACUUGCCAGUUCUGCAAUUUAAGCCAGUUCCGGGUUACUUUCCACUACUAUCAAGAAAAUUCCACAGGCUCUUGGAUGAUCCAUCGACAUCUGAAUCAGACACGCUUUGGCCCGUGUUGGAAUCGUACAAGCGACUCUGGGAUACGGCAUACAACUCGCAAAAGGAAAACCUAGUCAGCAUAUUGUCCAAUCAUAUACAUAACGCAGUCCCCGAACGAAACACAAAAGCUCUCAUCCCAAUUUCGUCGAUCGAAGAACCAUCCCAACUAUCGUCUUUACCCUCGUCUAUCUUUACCAGAUCUAUGAAGUCGCGACAACCCCUCGGGUUUCUCACUUUCGUGAACGAGAAGCUGAUUCAAGACCCUAAUUUCCUUCAUGAUUGUUGGAAGAGCACCGUUGACCGCUGGGUGAAUGCACUGGAGUGCGUACGAGUUCUCCAUGGAUUACCGCCCAAUUAUUUCAGGUCAAUCCCGGAGUGCGAUGGCACAGUCAUCGAUUACAAAAUUAGGAACCAGAAAACCGAUGAGAUUGAAAAAGGAGAGGAAGGAGCAGAGAGGCAUGAGCUCGGCCAUCUGACGGUUGGCAUAGAGGAAGCAAGAUAUGGGAACGACGACACGCCGGCAUUUUCCAGUGAUGACAGACCAGAACGUAGUUCAGGAGAAGGAUAUGCGGGUGCUAUUUGGGGGCAAGGUGCGGAGAAUAACGUUUAG